CCCGAUCGAGAGAGGAGGAGAAGGAGAAGGCGAAGGCGAGAGCCCCAAACCCCAACCCCAAACCCAAGCGACAUGGCGGACGACCACGCCGCCGCCGCCGCUGCCGCCGACCUCGUCGACGGUGGACGCCCCCCCGAGGGCGAUACACAUUCACGUGAAGAUGGACUGUCAAAACCAAGGGAUAAAGAUAGAGAAAGAGAAAAAGACAAGGACAGGGAACGCCACAGGGACCGUGAUAGAGAUCGUGGAAGAGACCGUGAUCGGGACAAGGAUAAGGACAAGGAGAAAGACAGGGACAGGGACAGGGAAAAGGACAAGGACAAGGACAAGGACAAGGAGAGGGACAGGGAUCGGGACAAGGACAAGGAUCGGGAUCGCCACCAUAGGCAUCACCGUGAAAGAAGAGAACACCGAGAUCGUUCUGAUGAUCAUGAUCGCCACAGAAGCCGUGAUUCUGAAAGGAGAAGAGACCAUGAACGGGAUGGGCGUCGCAGGCAUCGCUCUCGUUCACGCUCUCGAUCUAGGGGCAGGGAUCGCAGAUCUAGGUCUCGUUCUCGUUCAAAAAGCAAGCGAGUUAGUGGAUUUGAUAUGGCACCACCACCCCAAGCUGUGGUUCCUCAAUUUCCUGCUAUUCCAACCCCAAGUCAGUUUCCGGGCACUACUAUUCCUGGAAUGUUUCCAAACAUGCUCCCAAUGGGUGUUGGACAGCAGUUCAACCCUCUUGUUAUCCAGCCGCAAGCAAUGACUCAACAGGCUACUCGGCAUGCAAGGCGUGUUUAUGUUGGUGGUCUUCCUCCAACAGCUAAUGAACAGUCAGUUGCAAUAUACUUUAAUCAAGUCAUGGCUGCUAUUGGAGGAAAUACUGCUGGUCCAGGUGAUGCUGUUCUUAAUGUCUACAUAAAUCAUGACAAGAAAUUUGCUUUUGUGGAAAUGAGAUCUGUGGAGGAAGCAAGCAAUGCAAUGGCGCUGGAUGGCAUUUUAUUUGAAGGGGCUCCAGUGAAGGUUAGGAGACCAACAGACUACAAUCCUUCUCUGGCAGCUGCCUUGGGCCCAAGCCAGCCAAGCCCCAACCUGAAUCUUGCUGCAGUUGGCUUAACACCUGGUUCAGCUGGAGGGUUAGAAGGUCCGGAUCGUAUUUUCGUGGGUGGCCUUCCCUAUUACUUCACAGAGGCUCAAGUCCGGGAGUUGCUUGAAUCCUUUGGACCUCUUCGAGGAUUUGAUCUUGUGAAGGAUAGGGAAACUGGUAACUCAAAGGGCUAUGCGUUCUGUGUCUACCAGGAUCUCAAUGUCACUGAUAUUGCCUGUGCUGCUCUAAAUGGUAUCAAGAUGGGAGACAAAACCCUAACUGUGAGAAGGGCAAACCAGGGAGCAUCUCAACCUAGACCAGAGCAGGAAAGUAUCCUGCUGCAGGCACAGCAGCAGGUGCAAUUACAGAAACUUGUAUAUCAAGUUGGAGCACUCCCUACAAAGGUUGUAUGCCUGACCCAGGUGGUUUCGGCAGAUGAAUUAAGAGACGAUGAAGAGUAUGAGGACAUCAUGGAGGACAUGAGAUUGGAAGCAGGCAAAUACGGUAAUCUGGUCAAGGUCGUUAUCCCCCGCCCUGAUCCCAGCGGACAACCAGUUGCUGGAGUUGGAAAGGUUUUCUUGGAGUAUGCGGAUGUCGACGGCGCCACUAAAGCAAAGACGGCAAUGCAUGGAAGGAAAUUUGGUGGAAACCCAGUUGUUGCCGUUUUCUACCCAGAGAACAAGUUUGCUAGCGAGGAGUAUGACGGACAGUAGAUUAUCUGUUGGAACUUUACCUCUCUUUUUGCAUCAGUUCGGUAAACUGUAACAGUGAUUUGUCUCCUAAGUUGAACCUUCUUGAUAGCCUGGAUU